CCUUUCGGUUACCCGUACAAAUAUUUAAUCGUAAUUAUCGCAAAUUGGGUUACCGGCGGUGUUGACAUAAAACAUACCCACAAGCUAAAAAGCAGAAAUGAUGAAUCCAGAUGCAGAAAAAGAAGAAAAACUACGAGAAUCCGCAUGUACUGGUGAUCUAGAUCAGCUCAAAAAGCUCAUUGAAAAUGACAACACAAACAUUAAUUCUCAAAAUAACAUGAAUGGCUGGACCGCAUUACACUGGGCUUGCAAAAGAAACCACGUUGCUGUUGUGAAAUAUCUUCUGUCAAAAGGUGCAGACAAAAACAUCCAGAAUUCCAGUAAAGAACUGCCAGCACAGCUGACAAACACUGCAGAAAUCCGCCAUAUUCUAGAUUAUUCUGGUAGCGUUAAUGAUGGGCCAUCAUUACCAAUCACCCCUGGUUAUCUAAAACAUCCUGUGUUUCCAUACAUUGGUGACAGAACAGAUGAACCAAAUCCAGUUCCAGAAAUUUCUACCACGUCUCGGUACCAGCCAUCUACACAGUCAGUUAAAACAGGGCCGGUAGACCCUAGUGAGAUUGUAUUAAAGGCAAGAGUAGCGUAUUCCAUGGAAAGAGAUUUUAUUGAAGUUGAACUUGCACGCAGCAAACUUACCUAUGAAGCAUUAAUGUCUCUUCUCACAAAAGAACUUGCAGUGGACCGCCAACUGGUGCACAAAAUCAGAAAGUUACCAAACACGAUAGUACGCAAAGACAAGGAUGUACAGCGAUUGGUCGACUACCAGGAAUUAGAACUUGUGUUAACAAAUAAAGCAAUGAGUGCCAUGUCUAGGAAUUAUGCAAAUGUCACAGGAAGUGAUGGAUUUAAACAUGAGCAGAUAUUAUAUUAGAUAAUAGAUAUAUACAUUACAAAGCUUUUUUGCUGUGUAAAUUUGUUUCUAUUCCCAUUUUCAAAAUUUACUGGGUUAUCUAUGUGUUCUUCCGUCUUCUUUGAUCAGUUUUCAAUGAUAAUGCUUGUACUGCUUUUAUGAAUAGAGAUGACAUUCACUUUUUAGCUCGUCUGAUUUAAAAAAAAAAGAAAAAAAACCUAAAAAAAACUAUGGUAAUGUCAUCAUUUUGUCGUCUUCAUCAGUUUGUUUUUUUUCUUGAAAACUACAAGGGCUGUAGCUUUGAAACUUUGUACACUUGUUUAUCAUUACAUAAGUAAGUUGACUAAGAACUAUGACUCUCGAUUUUUUUCCUUCAGAAUUAUGGCCCUUUUCUACUGAGAAAAAUUGAAUUUCUUGAUUGAACUUUUUGUACAGGUAAACUUUCCUUGAAUUUUAUAAGAGCUGUAACAUUGAAACUCUGUUCACUCAUCAGUAUAUUGGUUAACAGAGUUAUGGCCCUUCUUAAGUUAUAAAAUUGAUAUUUCUUGGUUAUUGUUUUAUUUUAGUUUACUGAAUGAACACUGUAAGAUCGAGUUUUGAAACCUUAUACAUAACUUUAUCAUCAGGAAGCGAGUAAGAUGGCCAAAACCAUAAUUCUUUUCUUCUAUAUAACUUUAUUUAAACACUUAACAGACAAACUCUUGUUUUGAUACUAAAUGAUUAUUAUUCAUGUUUAUAAGUUAAAUAUGUUCCUUUUUAUACGCCCGUUUGAAAAACAGGACGUAUUAUGGGAAUGCCCCGGGUGGGCGGCGUCCACAGACUUUGUCCGGAGCAUAUCUUCUACAUACAUGAAGGGAUUUUGAUGAAACUUGGCACAGUUGUUCACCAUCAUGAGACGGAGUGUCAUGUGCAAGAACCAGGUCUAAGGUCAAGGUCACACUUAGAGGUCAAAAGUCAAAUUCAAGAAUGACUUUGUCCGGAGCAUAUCUUCUUCAUGCAUGGAGGGAUUUUGAUGAAAAUUGGCACAAUUGUUCAUCAUCAUGAGAAAGAGUGUCAUGCACAAGAACCAGAUCCCUAGGGCUAAGGUCAAGGACACACUUAGAAGUCAAAGGAUACAAGAAUGAAAACUUUGUCCAGAGCAUUUCUUCUUCAUGCAUAGAGGGAUUUUGAUAUAACUUGGCACAAAUGUUCACCACUAUGAGGCGGAGUGUCGUGCACAAGAACCAGGUCUCUAGGUCUAAGGUCAAGGUCACACUUAGAGGUCAAAGGAUACAAGAAUGAAAACCUUGUCCGGAGCAUUUCUUCUUCAUGCAUAGAGGGAUUUUGAUAUAGCUUGGCACAAACGUUCACCACCAUGAGACGUAGUGUCAUGCGCAAGAACCAGGUCCCUAGGUCUAAGGUCAAGGUCACACUUAGAGGCCAAAGGUCAGAUACAAGAAUUGCUUUGUCCGAAGUAUUUCUUCUGCAUACAUGGAGGGAUUUUGAUGUAACUUGACACAAUUAUAUACCAUCAUGAGACGAAGUGUAAUGCGCAGUUCCCUUCUUUAGAAUUACUUCCCUUUGUUGUUACUAUAAAUAGCUUAUAUUGUAACUUUUUCAUUACUUGUCAUAGGGAAAAAUCGAGACCACUUUCCUGUAGUACAACAUGCAUGCUACAUCCAAUUUGAGGUGUAUUUUGACCAGUCUCUACCUGGUAAAGAUUUUUGUGUGGACUUACAAUUUUUUUUUUUUUUUUUUUUUAACUUCCCUUAGUUGUUACUAUAAAUAACUUAUAUUGUAACUUUUUUUAUAAUUGACCGUAGGGAAAAACCAAAACCACUUUUCUGUGGUACAACAUAGAUGUUACUUUCCAAUUAUAGGUAUCUCUACCUGGUAAGGAGUUUUUUUGUGGACUUAGAAAAACAAAACUCUUACAGUGAUUACUAAACAACCACAAAAUUAAAAUUCCAUUUGCAAAUACAGGUGCUAGAGUAAAGAAAUUUGCUGUGAUGGGCGUAUAUUGUGACAUUCUUGCACUCUUGUUUGGUCAUCUUGUCUUAAUUAAUCAGAAUAUCCUGGUCCGUACCUAUUUCCAUAAAAAAGCCUCAAGUAAAACAAUACUAUUUUACAUACAUAUGUGAUUUACUUUAAUUUUGUCAAAAGCCAUAUCAUAUUAUAUCUGUCUCAUGUAGUUAAGAAAGCUACAUUUUACAUGUAUUAUUGAUACAGUAAAACAUUGUUCAUAAGGGAAUGUAGUCAUAGCCUCUACUCUGUCUAAACAGCUGAUCGCAGGUAUUGGCAUGCUGCCGUUUGACUGAGGCCUUAUAGUGGUAGCCGAAUUCGGAGAUCUAAAGGGAAUGAGGAAAAUUCUGGAGUUAUCCAGGGUUUUUAUUGAUCCAAAUAUAGAAAAUGAAGUGAAAACAGACGUGGACCAUAUGGAUUGCUCAAGUGUGCCUGGGUGCUUGAGCCCUUGAUUCUUGAGCGAGGGGUGUUUUGCUGUAUGUUUUGUCAUGUAAGUGUUAUUUGUUGGAGGGUCAGCGAAGCAUGUUGGUUUUCCAAUGUGUGAAUGUACUGUGAUUUUGUUAUACAAUAAUAUGGAGAGGCAAGAGGGACAAUUCUGGUUUUAAAUAUUGCUGAUAUUUUUUAUUGUGCGGGUGUUACUUCUAUUUUGUAAUUAUAUUUUAAUAUUGUUUUUACAUGUAAAGCUUAUGAUUGUAUUAGAAGAACAAAUUGUCAUUGUUGCAUUCACAUCUUUUUGAAUAUUUUCAAAUAUUUUUUUCCUGUUGUCAAAGUCACAUUGAAGACUAUUUAACACUUAGCCUUACACAUUGAGGGAAAAAAAUUCAAACAACACCAAAUCAUAAAAAGAAAGAGUUGUUUCACAUGAAAAUUGAACAGCAUAUAAAACAUGUAUAACACUCUACAAAACAAUCGUCAGUUUACUGAUAUAUACAUUGAAUUCCGGAAAAGGGCUGCAUAAACACUUUCGGACAGUUCAACGCAUUUCAAAACAAACCAUUUUCAAAGAACUGUUACAUAUCUUCGUUUUGAUGCAUUUGCCAUAAUGUCCCAGACCUGAAAUUUCACAUAACUAGAUUGAAUGUAGUUUGCAGCAAUUGUUUAUUCUUAUUUCUUUACAAAUGGCAUUCAUUUUGAAAGGGGGGCACAUUUUUGAGAAUAUUUUAAGUAUCCACCAUAUAGGACAGUACAGCAGAACAUGUAAUGAAUGAUCAGGUAAAUUGUUGGUAAAGAUGCUGUUUGUUUAUCAAAUAUUUCUGUGUUUUGAUGACAAUAAACUUAAACCUUAAGUCACCUGGAUAAUAUAUCUUUGUAUUUGCCUUCUUUGUCUCAGAAUAUACAUUGUACUUGAUUUAUUUCACAACUUGUAACAAAAUUAAGUCCUGUUUUGGUCAAAUUUUGAAUGUGUGAUUUUACAAUUUUUCGGAGUGAACUUGUACAAUUAUAUGAUUCCCUGAGCACUUUAGUAAUGUCAGAUGUCAACAGGAGGUAUUUUUAAAUUCUAAGUUUUCUGACCUGGUUGCCCAAUAUAGAAAGAACUUUUCAAACUGCAAAUGUCAAAUUCAGGGGGGAAAAAAUCAAGUAUUUCAAAAAUACUGCAUUACAGUUUCAUAUAUUCAAAAGAAUAAAACUUUUGCAGUAAAAAUUUAUGCCCCAGUGCCAAAGUUGUAGGAGUUAUAUAGCAACUUUAAACUGCCCAUUCAUCCGUCAGUCUGUCAUUCCAUCACACUUUCAUGUGUACUCAACUCCUCCUACAGUUUCUAUCCAGUUGAAAGUAAAUUGGGAUACAUCACCAACAUGAAGAAGACAUGCGUAUAUUGUCGGGAAUUUUCAUGUCAAUUUUCUUUUGUGGAGUUGUGUCCUUUUUGGAUGUAGAAAUAUUAUGACUACAUUAGAAUAUAGUGUACUCUACUCUACAGUUUGAAACUCGGUUUACAACAUGAAGCAGACACGAGCAUAUUGUCGAGAUGCAUCAAUUGAUCAUCCAACCCGGGUAACUAGGUCAGUGGUGAUGGUCAUAUUUGAGGGUUAGACAUCUUGAUCGCAACAUUUUAUUGUAUAUGUAUCAAAGCGGUGUCUUGAGUGUAUUAAUCACCUUUAAUAAUAGCUCUAGUUGAAAUAUUGGCUGCCUCUUAAUAUACCUAAUUGUUUAUUUUAAAACAUGUAACUAACGUAUACUAGUACAGUAUAUGCAGUCAGAGUGUCUAGAUACAAUAUUAUCAGAAAAUGAUUUUGCUAUAUUUAUACCCCCCUUUGAAGAAGGAGGGGUAUAUUGUUUGGCAGAUGUCGGUCAGUCGGUGUGUAGACCAAUCCGUUUCGAAUUCUUGGGCCUAGGAUCAUGAAAGUUGAUAGGAUGGUUGGUCAUAACCAGCAGAUGACCCCAUAUUGAUUUUGAGAUCAGUAGGUCAAAGGUUAAGGUCACAGUGACCCAGAACAGUUAAACAGUUUCCAGAUGAUAACUCAAUAACGCUUGGGCCUAGGAUCAUGAAAGUUGAUAGGGAGGUUGGUCAUGACCAACAGAUGACUCCUAUUGAUUUUGAGGUCAGUAGGUCAAAGGUCAAGGUCACAGUGACCAGGAACAGUUAAAUGAUUUCCAGAUGGUAACUCAGAACACUUCGGCCUAGGAUCAGCAAAGUUGAUAGGGAGGUUGGUCAUGACCAUAUUGAUUUUGAGGUCAGUAGGCCAAAGGUAAAGGACACAGUGAUCUGGAACAGUAAAACAGUUUCCAGGUGAUAGCUUGAGAAUGCUUGGGCCUAGGAUCACAACUUAUUAGGAAGGUUUAUCAUGACCAGCAAAUGACCCCUAUUGAUUUUGAGGUCAGUAGGUCAGUAACUUUGACCAAGAAAGUAGAACUUUUGUGCACAGUGACCAAAUCAUUUCUGUUCCUUGUGCAAUUACUGAAUGCAUCAAGGGAGGCAUUUCGUGUUCUACAAGCUCUUGUUCAUUUUGAUUCUAAUAUGUCUUUCAUGUAAAUGAGAAGAACUGUGGAAGUACUAUUGUAUUGCGCAUGUAUGGCCUCAAAUUUAGCAGGCUGACUUGAUGUAAAUGCAUAACUGUGAUUUAUUAGUGUUAAAAUAGGGAGAUAAUGUAAUGUGGGAUUUUCAGUCUUGCUCACUAUUAUUGUGUCAUACUUAGAACAGUAUCUUAAGUCUUAUCAAGCAGUAGUUUGGUUUUUGACAUGGGAGACUUAUUUUGGGACCAAUUCCACUCUUAGUAAAAAAUAUGGCUUGUUGGGUUGUUACUGUAGCCAUGUAUUAUUUUUUUAAGGAUAUUUUAUUGAUUUUGAGUUUUGAAUUUGUCUGAACAUACUAAAAACUGUUUGAUCCACUUAAUCUGUAACAGAGUUUUUCAUAAGUUGUGGCUUUAUUUUGAAAAAUCUUUUAACAGUCCAUUAACAGAUAAAGUCAAAUUUGAAUAUUUUGCAGAUUUUAUUAAUAAGAACGGUUAUUUGCAAUGAAAAACACCCCAAUCUGAGUUGGGAUUUUUCACGAUAAAUUCAAAGCUAAUCAAGGUGUUUCAAAAAUUUGAAAAUUCCUGUUACCACCCUUAGGAGUUUUAGUAAGAAAUCCAGUAACAAAAGGUGCAUAUAAUGUGUAGUAAGUAAGUUUAUGAAAUUAUAGCAAAUAAAUCCAGAAACUGGCAAUAAAAUUACUUUCAUUUUUUGUAUCUAUUAUAGCUAUGAUCUCAAAUCCAUCCAGAUACAGUAUUUACAAUAUUAUACAAUAAAAUGUGUUGUGUCAGCA